AUGACAACAUUAGGUGUAUUUCCAACUAUUAAACGUUCCACAAAAUUAUCGCAGCUAUCAUUUCAUGAAGAAUUAAACAACACUCUUCAUAAUAUAGUACAAGCACAAGAUUUUGGUCAUCUUUUAUUUUAUGGUCCACCAGGAGGAGGAAAAAGAACAAGAAUUAGAGCUUUAUUAAAAGGAGUUUAUGAAGAUAGUGUUUCAUCUGUAAAAAUUGAAAAACGUGAAUUUACUCCACCAGUAGGUAAGAAAGUUACUUAUAGUGUACUUUCAUCUAAUUUUCAUAUUGAAUUAACGGCUAGUGGUCUUGGAUCAUCUGAUAAAAUGAUCAUCCAGCAUGUAAUUAAAGAAAUGGCACAGUGUAAACAAUUAAAUGAAGUUAAACAAAAAUCUUUUAAAGUUGUUGUGAUAUUCGAGGCAGAUAGUCUUACAAAAGAUGCUCAACAUGCAUUACGUAGAACCAUGGAAAAAUAUAGUCAUAAUUGUCGUAUAAUAAUGUGUGUAGAUUGUUUAGGAAGAAUUAUUGAUCCUUUAAAAAGUAGAUGUUUAACAAUAAGGGUUCCUUCACCAACUGAUUCUGAGAUGCGUGAAGCUUUAAGUGAAGUAGUUAAAAAAGAAAGGACUUCAUGUAUUAAUGAUGAACACAUUGAGUUGUGUAUUAAGAAAGCUAAUGGAAAUAUGCGUAAUGCUUUAAUCACCCUUCAAACUUUGAUGCAACAAAAAGGCGAAAAAAAUAUUAUACCACAAAGUUAUGUACAAAUUGUUAACGAUAUUGCAAAUAUAAUUGCUACCCGCCAGACUAAAUCAGGAAUUCUUGAUUGCAGAAAAAAGUUCUGCGAAUUACUAGAAAGAUGUAUUGAUCCUCCAACAAUAUACAAGGCACUUGUAACCCAAUUAACUAAUUUAAUACCGGAAAAUGUUCAACCAGUGAUAUGGGAUUUAGCUUUAGAGAGUGAAGGACGAUGCAUUGUUGGAUCAAAACCAAUAUUUUCUCUUGAAAGUUUUGUAACACAAGCGAUGUACGAGAUUUAUCUUUCUAAUGCAGAGUUGCUAUCCCAUAUCAGGAUUUUUGAAUAA